AUGUCCCAGGAAGAAGAAGGAAGAUAUACAGGGGCUGCUGGUGCCUCUUGGCGCUGUGAGUCAUUAAGCCCCUGUGGGGCAGAGAAGCUAGGGCUGAGGGGUGACAAGGGUAGUGUGGAGACUCUGUGCAGGUUCCUGAGUGCGCUGGCCGUGCUGGCGGAGCGGCUCGACCUGGUGGAGCGGGUGAUGGUCACACGCAACCUGUGCGCGGAGGGCGCCUACCAGGUGCGGCUGUGCAAGGACGGCACGUGGACGACGGUGCUGGUGGAUGACAUGCUGCCCUGUGACGAGGCCGGCUUCCUCCUCUUCUCCCAGGCUCAGCGGAAGCAGCUGUGGGUGGCCCUCAUCGAGAAGGCGCUGGCCAAGCUGUACGGCUCCUACUUUGCCCUCCAGGCGGGGCGCGCCAUCGAAGGCCUGGCCACACUCACCGGCGCCCCCUGUGAGAGCCUGGCGCUGCAGGUCAGCUCCACUAACCCCCGUGAGGAGCCCGUUGACACUGACCUCAUCUGGGCCAAAAUGCUGAGUUCUAAGGAGGCUGGGUUCCUCAUGGGUGCCUCCUGUGGGGGGGGCAACAUGAAGGUGGACGACGCUGCCUACGAGAGCCUGGGCCUGCGUCCCCGCCACGCCUACUCCAUCCUGGACGUCCGCGAUGUCCAGGGCUCCAGGCUCCUGCGCCUCCGGAACCCGUGGGGCCGCUUCUCCUGUAAUGGCAGCUGGUCAGACGAGUGGCCACACUGGCCGGGGCACCUGCGCAGCGAGCUCAUGCCGCACGGCAGCAGCGAGGGCGUCUUCUGGAUGGAGUACAGUGACUUCAUCAGGUACUUCAACUCCGUGGACAUCUGCAAGGUGCACUCGGACUGGCAGGAGGCGCGUGUGCGGGGCUGCUUUCCCAGCUCUGCCAGCGGGCCGGUGGGGGUAACUGCUCUCACGGUGCUGGAGCGCGCGUCCCUGGAGUUCGCCCUCUUCCAGGAGGGCAGCAGGCGCGCAGACACGGUGGACAGCCACCUCCUGGACCUGUGCGUCCUGGUGUUCCGUGCGUCUUUCAGCAGUGGGGGCCGCCUGAGCCUGGGCCGCCUGCUGGCCCACAGUAAGCGCGCCGUCAAGAAGUUCGUCAACUGAGACGUGAUGCUGGAGCCCGGCAAGUACGCCGUGGUGUGCUGUGCCUUCAACCACUGGAGCCCCGCCGCGCCGGGCCCCCGGCCAGCACGCAAGGGACGCGAGGGCAUGACCUGCUACUACUUGACGCACGGCUGGGCGGGCCUCAUCGUGGUGGUGGAGAACCGGCACCCCAAGUCCUACCUGCACGUGCAGUGCGACUGCUCCGACAGCUUCAAUGUGGUGUCCACGCGCGGCAGCCUGCGCACGCAGGACAGCGUGCCCCCGCUGCACAGGCAGGUCCUGGUGAUCCUGUCCCAGCUGGAGGGCAACGCAGGCUUCUCCAUCACCCACCGCCUGGCGCACCGCAAGGCUGCGCAGUCCUUCCUCAGUGACUGGACAACCUCCAGGGGCACCCACAGCCCCCCUCUCACGCCUGAAGUCGCUGGCCUGCAUGGCCCCCGGCCUCUGUGACCACCCCACCUUCCCAGCCCCCCAACGCGCACUUUAUGAGGGAGACCCCAACAGAGGAAGCUUGAAUCAGAAUCUCAGGACCCCGCCCAGGGAGCCACUAGCUGUAGUAGCUUCCCCUAGGCCUUCCUCCCCGCC